AUGUCAACUACAUUGGCAACGACAGGCAAACUAAAGAAUUUGCUUCUGAAUCUACACACCAAAUGCAUUGGAUUACAUAUCAAUGAUGUCACGCCUAAGGUAUACUUCAAGUUACUGAUACGACAUCUUCUGCAGAUAUCCAGGUCCAAUGCAGCUCAUCCUAAGCAAAGAAGAAGGGCUCAGAUCUUAUUGAUAUCAGUUUUUGUUUCUGGUGUCACGCUUUUAUCCGGGGUGACCUACGGUGCUCUCAAAAUCAUCUUAAAGUGUUACAAGUUUUACAAGUACCCAUGGAAAAGAAAGAAUAGAAGAUCUUUAAUAAGAAGAACAAGAUCUCAAAUGCAAUUAGAUAGUGGUGCAAGGAUAAUGUACAUUCCUGAAGUAGAAUUAUUGGACCGUCAGGGCCCAAACGAGAAUAAGCUGGUGAAUACUGUAGAUAGAAAGAAAAGAAAAAGGAUAUUCAUUCCACCAAAGGACAACGAUAUAUAUGAGCAUGAUAAAUUUCUUUUUAAAAAUGUGGUUUUAGAAAGAGCUAAAAACUCACAGUUAUUCUACUCGAAAUUUUUAAACCAAAUGAAUGUUUUAUCCAAGAUUCUUAUUCCAACGGUUUUCGAUAAAAAUUCCUUUCUUUUAACUUCUCAAAUAUUUUUCUUAGUGAUGAGAACCUGGCUAUCUUUACUUGUGGCCAAGUUGGAUGGGCACAUAGUCAAAAAUAUUAUUGCUGGUAGGGGAAGAAGCUUUUUAUGGGAUUUGGGAUGUUGGUUUUUAAUCGCCGUUCCUGCCUCCUAUACCAACAGCGCCAUUAAGGUACUUCAAAGGAAGUUGAGUUUGAAUUUUAGGGUGAAUUUGACCCGUUACAUUCAUGAUAUGUAUCUGGAUGAAAGGUUAACAUUCUACAAACUAAUUUUUGAUUCAAAGGCGUCCAGUUCAGUGAUUAAGAAUAUUGACAACUCAAUUACUAAUGAUGUCGCGAAAUUUUGCGAUGCAACAUGCUCCGUUUUUGCGAAUAUCGCAAAGCCGGUUAUUGAUUUGAUAUUCUUUUCAGUCUAUUUACGUGAUAAUUUGGGUACUGUUGGAGUGGCAGGCAUAUUUGUCAACUAUUUCAUUACCGGGUUUAUCUUGAGAAGGUAUACACCACCAUUGGGCAAGUUGGCAAGUGAAAGAUCUGCAUCAGAUGGUGAUUACUACAAUUACCAUUUGAAUAUGAUUAAUAAUAGUGAAGAGAUCGCGUUUUACCAAGGAACAGCUGUAGAGAGGACGAAAGUUAAGGAAUUAUACGAUGCAUUAAUGGAAAAAAUGCUACUGGUGGACAAAUGUAAAUUUGGUUACAACAUGCUUGAAGAUUAUGUUUUAAAGUAUACAUGGUCUGGUUUAGGCUAUGUCUUUGCCUCUAUCCCUAUCGUCAUGUCUACUUUAGCAACUGGCAUUAAUUCAGAGGAGAAAAAUAUGAAGGAAUUUAUAGUUAAUAAGAGAUUGAUGCUGUCGCUUGCAGAUGCAGGUUCGAGAUUGAUGCAUUCAAUAAAGGAUAUCUCACAGUUAACUGGAUAUACAAACAGAAUCUUUACUUUACUUUCUGCCUUACACAGGGUUCACUCUUUAAACUUUAAUUACGGCGCCGUUCCUUCAAUAUUGUCACUACGCACAGAGGACGUCUCCAGAAAUCCAAACUUACUUGCCAUCACAGAUAAUUCACAAGAGGCCAUCCGUGGUACCAUUCAGCGCAACUUCAACGGCAUUAGGCUAGAAAAUAUAGAUGUAAUAAUUCCAUCAGUAAGGGCAAGCGAAGGUAUAAAGUUGAUCAAUAAGCUAACCUUCCAAAUUCCUCUACAUAUUGACCCCAUAACUUCAAACUCCAAUUCCAUACAAGAUUUAUCAAAGGCAAAUGACAUCAAGUUGCCAUUUUUGCAAGGGUCUGGUUCAAGUUUAUUGAUAUUAGGACCAAAUAGUUGUGGCAAGAGUUCCAUUCAGCGUAUCAUAGCAGAAAUAUGGCCAGUUUAUAACAAAAACGGUUUACUGUCCAUCCCCUCAGAAAACAACAUAUUUUGUAUUCCUCAAAAACCAUAUUUUAGUAAGGGCGGAACUUUAAGGGAUCAAAUUAUAUAUCCAAUGUCUUCCGAUGAAUUCUUUGAUAGAGGAUUUAAAGACAAGGAACUGGUUCAAAUUUUGGUAGAGGUGAGACUAGAUUAUCUUUUGAAAAGAGGUGUUGGCUUAACUUACCUGGAUGCUGUCGCGGAUUGGAAGGAUUUGCUAAGUGGAGGCGAAAAGCAGAGAGUAAAUUUUGCUAGAGUUAUGUUCCAUAAACCGUUAUACGUGGUAUUAGAUGAGGCCACAAAUGCGAUUAGUGUUGAUAUGGAAGAUUACCUGUUUAAUCUUUUGAAAAGAUACAGAUUUAACUUCAUUUCCAUAUCGCAAAGGCCAACUUUGAUAAAAUAUCACGAAAUGCUGUUGGAGAUAGGUGAAAAUCGCGAUGGUAAAUGGCAAUUACAAGCGGUUGGUACAGAUGAAGCAAUUACAUCAAUUGACAAUGAAAUCGAAGAAUUAGAGAAGAAGCUAGAAAAAGUAAAAGACUGGGAGUAUGAGAGAGAAAAACUGCAGAGAAACCUCGAGAUUAUUUAA